AUGGUACAGGAAUGCUGUUCUCAGUCUCUCUAUUACGAAGAGCUGCAUUCGUAUCAUAUUGUGCCUUAUGCUUCGGAGAAUGCCAUUUAUGGAAUGGGCUACACUAGCAGCCACUUGGAGCAAAAUUCUCAGUUGCUUAUUUAUAAAAUGAAUUAA